AUGAUGGUUUUUAUUGGCGUUGUGUUGGUUCUGUCGGGUGCUCUUUUCUGGUUCUUCUCUUCCAAAAACAAGAAAAACUUGGUUCCCAUGGCUCCCACGACGUUUUUAGAGUGCGCCCGAGAAUUUGGCGGCCCGGAUGGUCCCAUGUGGCUGCAUCACCUGGCCACCACCAUGGGACGAAACACCUUUCGCGUCCCCAUGCCUCUGUCCAUGACAGGAGCUUAUGUGGUGGGAGAUGGGGCUCUCGCACGAGAAAUUUACAACGAUAAUUUGACGGAUAAGCCAUGGUGGCUCAUGUCCGUUUUGACCAAUUUGACGGGAGGCAAGGGAACGGCUGGAAUUCGAACGCAUCAUGACCCCUACGUCCGACAUAUGCGAAAGGGAAUGGCUCCCGCCUUUUCCAAAAGGGAAGUGGACCGAAUGAAUCGGAUUGCCAGCAGACUUGGCGACGACUUUCUGGGACGACUCAAAGAACUAUCGAAUCAAGGCAAAUCCUUCGACCCAAGCAUGGAGUGCAACCGGGUGGUCUUUAUGGCCAUCCUCGAAGCUGGCUUUGAAUAUAUCCCCACCGAAGAAGAGUACCAGGGUGUCUAUCACCACUUGACGAUCGCCUGCAAUGAAUUUUUCUUGCGUCAGAUUUCCAGUCCCUGGCGGGCACUUUUGGGAAAGAUUCAUCCAGAAGUUCGCCAAGCGCAUGAAAGUGCUUCCUUUAUGCGAGACUUUGCACGAAAAGUUCUGUACAGCUACCGCAAGAAUCCACGCAAGUCCGAGGAAAAGACCAUCAUCCGACUCUUUGAAGAAAUCAUGCCCGAAGGAGAUGAUGAACAAAUUAUUGCUGAAAUUGUGGGUUGGAUCUUGGCGGGUCACGAGACUACUGGCUUCUCCAUCUCCAACACUAUGGUGCUUCUCGCAAAGCACCCGGACAAACAGGAAAAGCUACGGCGAGAACUGCAGGGGUCCGACUCCGCCCCCUAUUUGCAGUACGUUAUCAAAGAAACCACCCGCAUUGUUCCCGUAGUCGCAAUCGCGUCCAUGCGGCUGACGGGUAGAGACUUUCAAUGCAAUGAUGGAUCCAUCAUUCCCGAGGGAGCAGUCUGUAUCAUGACGUAUUAUGGAGCAAACCGAGACGAAGCUGUCUACAAAGAUCCGGAGACGUUCCAUCCAGAGAGAUGGGAACAUGCGUCCAAGGAAAUGAUUCGGAACAGAUAUCCGUUUGCCCUUGGAUCCCGUGACUGUUUGGGCCAAAGGCUUGCGUUAUCCAACAUGGACAACAUCAUUCCCAAACUCAUGUCGUCUUUCAACUUUGAAGUUGUGGAGCCAGGCAAACUGAGCAACAUCUUAACGUUCAAGUAUGUUGGAGCUCAACUCAAGGCCAAGCAAUUGUAG